AAACAAAAAAUUACAUAUAUUCAUCUAUUUUCAUUUACGUAACAUAUAUAAUAUUUAUAUAAAAGAAUGCCAAAGAAUUUAUAAUGAAUCGAAUGUAGUUCAUAAACGGUUCAGACCGUGCGGGUGAAAACGCAGCCUGAGCUUUCGACGGAAACGCACGAAAUAUUCCGAAAGGUAUUCGAGGCCGAGAUCGAGUCUCCCUUUAGACGAAGCGCGGAGUGACCAAUCGAGCGGUUCGGGUCGGUGGGGCUGUCCAGGAACGGUAAAUGAUUGCUUAUCCGUGAUAAAUCAUUUUUUUCAUAAAUUGUGGUACAAAAUUUUAUGGUGCAAAUUGUGUUCAGAACCGUUCAGUAUACGAAAAGGAAAAAUACAAAGAAUAAGAUUCAAGAAAAGAAGAGGAGCUUAAUGGCUCUCAAGAGAUCGGAAAUACAAGGACAGACUUUGCACUCGCGAACGGGGCGUCUCGCAAUAAACAGCAUUGCCUGUCGUUUGCUAAUCCUGCAUCUACCUCCUUUAUGUCUCGGUUUUGACAAACUCCUGUUGCUGCCAUCGCCAAUUCUGCAUCUGUUUCUGUGGCUGUUAUGUGUGAACGUGAAGAGAUCCGAGUGUUUAUAACUGUACGGUGCUGGUGGCGGUGACGAAGGGAAAGGGAAAGGGAGGAGGAGAAAGAGAAGGGGAAGAAAUUUGGAAGCAAGAUAAAGAAAGAAAGAAAGAAGGAGAAAGAGAAAUAGUGAAGAGAGUGUGCGUGCGAGUGAGAGGGAAAAGAAAGAUAGUCAAAGGCUCGUUGGACGGAAUAUUUGAAGCGGUGCGCCACACAUAUCUACGGAAGAUCGUAUUUAUCGCGGGAAUAUAUUUGUGAAAUUAUUUCAGAGAUUUUGAUACAGUAUAUAUAUCGAAUCUUUCUGCAAUCGUUUCUUACCGUUAAUACAUCAUUAAUCACAGUGGUUCGGUGAUCUACUUAACUCGGGUAAUUGACUCGAUUUUGGAUAACCUGAUCGCACAAUUCGAAGUGUCAGUUUGUCGACAGGCGUGACAGCCCGUCGACUGUCUCGUCCGUCCGCUGUCCUCUUUUUCUUAAUAAUAUUGUGUGGUGUAUUUAAUUCGCGAUGUUCACGGGGACAGUGAAAAUUGAAAUAUGCGAGGCAGUUGGACUAAGGGCGACGGACAAGCAACGCAAGUUUUGGCAGGAUGAACCUAUACUUGAUCCUUAUGUUCAAUUGGAUGUCGAUGAAAAUCAUCUUGAUCGUUCAUCCACUAAACCAAAAACCUUUGAUCCAGUAUGGAAUGAGUGUUUCACCCAUGAAGUUCAGGAUGCGGUGAACCUCGGACUCACUGUCUUCCACGAUGCGGCAUUACCGCCAGAUUAUUUCGUCGCAAAUUGUAGUAUUCCUUUCGAGGAACUUGUCAGCAGGAAUGACAAGACUGCAGAUCUUUGGGUUGACCUUGAACCUCAAGGAAAAUUAAGAGUCAAGAUUGAUUUAAUAUGGAAUGAUCAAGAUCAACAAACAGGCUGUGGUACAGGUGAUGGAGAAGGAAUCGGAGGCAGAGGUGGUGGAAGCAUCACAUCUGGAAAAGAACCCAGAAGAGAAUUCAAAGAAAGGCAGGGUUUCAUUCGGCAUCGAAGAGGUGCCAUGCGACGUAAGGUUCAUCAAGCAAAUGGUCACAAAUUUAUGGCUACAUUCCUGAGGCAACCAACUUUCUGUUCUCACUGCCGUGAAUUCAUAUGGGGCUUGGGCAAGCAGGGCUAUCAGUGUCAAGUCUGCACAUGUGUAGUUCACAAAAGAUGUCACAAGUUGGUUAUCACGAAAUGCCCAGGCAUGAGAGAUGAGUCAAGUCAAGAUACAGAAAGUCCACGUUUCAGUAUAGAUAUGCCACACCGUUUUGUUGUUCAUAAUUACAAGAGAUUUACGUUUUGUGAUCAUUGUGGCUCACUCUUGUAUGGUUUAUUUAGACAAGGUUUACAAUGUGAAGCUUGUAAUAUAAAUGUUCACAAGAGAUGUCAGAAAAACGUAGCAAAUAACUGUGGUAUUAAUACUAAAGCUAUGGCUGAAAUUUUGAGUACAAUGAAUAUAUCACCAGAUAAACAAAUAAAAACUCCAAAGAUUAAUUAUAGAAUAACAACUUGUCAAUCUGGUCAAACACCUACUGCAGUAACAGUUACAGACACAUUGCCAACAGAUAAUUCACAAUCAAUUCAAAAAACUGAAGAAACACCUGUUGCUACUGAAAAUGCUGUACCUGCUAGUGAGAAUGAAGUUAGAAAAUUUGGUAUAGAAGAUUUUAAUUUCAUCAAGGUUCUUGGUAAAGGUAGUUUCGGAAAAGUGAUGCUGGUGGAACGAAAAACUAAUCCUGAUGAAGUUUAUGCUGUAAAAAUUUUAAGAAAAGAUGUAAUUAUACAAGAUGACGAUGUAGAUUGUACAAUGACAGAAAAAAGAAUUUUAACAUUAGCAGCAAAACAUCCUUUCCUUACAGCUAUUCAUAGUUGUUUCCAAACAAAUGAUCGAUUAUUUUUUGUUAUGGAAUAUGUAAAUGGAGGCGAUUUGAUGUUUCAUAUUCAGAGAGCACGGAAAUUUGAUGAAGCAAGAGCACGUUUUUAUGCAGCAGAAGUUACACUUGCAUUGCAAUUCCUUCACAAGCAUUAUAUUAUUUAUCGAGAUCUUAAAUUAGACAAUAUAAUACUCGACCAAGAUGGUCAUUGUAAAUUAGCAGAUUUUGGAAUGUGCAAAGAGGGUAUUAUUGAAGGAAAAACGACCACAACAACAUUUUGUGGUACUCCUGAUUAUAUUGCACCUGAAAUUCUCCAAGAAUUACAAUAUGGUGCAAGUGUUGAUUGGUGGGCACUUGGUGUUUUAAUGUACGAAAUGAUGGCUGGUCAACCACCUUUCGAAGCUGAUAAUGAAGAUGAUUUAUUCGAGUCCAUUUUACGAGAUGAUGUACUCUAUCCUAUUUGGAUUUCAAAAGAAGCUGUUUCUAUUUUAAAAGGAUUUAUGACGAAAAAUCCAGCUAAAAGAUUAGGUUGUGUUGCAGCUAAUGGUGGUGAGAAUGCUAUAAAAAUUCAUCCAUUUUUUCAAGAAAUAGAUUGGGAAGCACUUGAAGCGCGUAAAGUGAAACCGCCAAUUAGACCAAAAACUAAAAGCAAAAAAGAUGUCAUGAAUUUCGAUACGGAAUUUACAAAAGAAGAUCCAGUGUUGACACCAGAAGAUCCAGACGAACUAAGUUAUAUAAAUCAAGAAGAAUUCCAAGGCUUCUCUUUCGUCAAUAAAGACUUCAAUCCAGCUAGGUUUGGAACACAAUAAGAAGUAAGAAUAAGUGAAUGAAAAGGAUUCAAUAUUAAUAUUAUCUUAAACGCUUUUUGCUUGAAAAAUUGACGAGCAAUAAAGCAAAGCUGAACAUCGGCAAUUCGAAGCUGCUCGAGGUCUCCUUUGUAUUUUAUCCUUAUGAGAGAUGAUUUUAUAAGUCAUUGAAAGCAACAUUCAAGCUAUAAAAAUAAUGAUGAAGAUUGACAAGAAAUUGAAAUCAGCUAGAAACUUUAAAGUCCAUUUUAUGUCCAAAAAAUAACAGUUUUUGCAAAGAAAUUGAUCACAAUAAAAAAAAUGUAGCCUCAAUUUGGCAAAAAAAAAAAAAAAAAAGAAAAAAAGAAUUCAUUUGGAAUCAAGUGUCUUAAAGUUUGGCAAAAUUGAUAUCCUUUGUUUAUUUGAAACAAGGACGAAUGUGAUCGAGAGGAAACGUAAAUGAAAAAUUUAAUUUACAAUAAUAAAGAAAAAAAUAAAUUAUCGGUUAAGAAAAUUAGUACAAAAAUGAGCAAAGAAAGUCAUUUUCAAUGGUAUAUAAUAAUAAAGAUUGCUGGGCAAUCUAUCAUUUUUUCUAUUAAUAAUAUUCUUGAUGAAAGAUUUGAUUCAAUGGAAAUUUUUUAAUAACUUAACCGUAUAUUUCGUUUCCUCUCAAAGUAUUGUUUAAAGAAUAUGUUUUAAUACAAUGUUUUAUAUCAUUAAAGAAAAAUUGCACAAAAACAAGUCUACAAGAUAAGAAAAAUAUAAUAGUAUAUUAAUCUUUUAUUGAAAUUUUGAUCAAGAUGGAAUUUUUUCUUUUAUUUAAAAAUUGCUUAAUUAUAUAUAAAGAUUUGGCACUUAUUAUGCAUUUUUUAGCGCUUACGUACUUACAGAUUUAAUUUUUGUUAUAAUUUACGAGAAUUAUGUUUUAUUAUAACAAAAAUACAAAAAAUAAUACGAUAAUCGAAUUAUUCUGAUUAUUGCUUAAAAAAUAAGUCGAGUUUUAGGUCUUAGCGUAGUGUAUCAAAUCACUAGUGAUCAAGACUGAAACAUAAGCUGGGCUUAAAUUUUAAGUAACACCAGCAGCAGGUGUAAUUAUAAAUGUCAAGUCUGUGUAAAACCUAUGCAUAUGUAGUAUCAUAUAGAAUAACUAUAGAAAAUCGAGAAGUUAUGUUCGAAUGAGAUUUUGCAUCUUCGAACGAUCUAAACUUUUCGUCGAGCUUUACUCAGAGGAGCAUCUCGCAGCGCUUCUUCGAUAGAAGGAUUUAAAUAUAACAAAAUAAUAAUAAUAAUAAUAAUAAUAAUAAUAAUAAUAAUAAAUAAUAAUAAUAAUCAUGCUCACGUGGUGAAGAUCGAGCAGGAUACGAUCUGACCAGGUGGUCAUGGAGUUUCAUACUUAAUAUAGAAUUUUAAACUAUCACAGACGCGACAGAUUCCACAGGUGGUUUCUGUCAAAGUUAACAAGUUAUAAAAUGAUACAUACGUAUAUUUACACGUAUAAAUUUAACUUAUUUUAACAUACGCCUAAAUUCCAGUGGACAAGACAAGUCUCGCUAUAAGGAAGAGAAUAGACAAAAGCGAUGAUCGUAUAAAAUUCUCCGAUAUUGCUAUAUAUGUCGAGUCUUAAUGAAAUACAGACUUUGACAAAAGUAUAGUUUACAUAUACAAGAAAUAUAUAUGCGUGUUAAACGCGUGAAGUUACCGCUAAGCGAAUUAAGAGAACUAUAAAAAAUCCACCUAGCGAUAUCGAUGCACUUUCCGAAAUCUUCAUAAGUACGUGUUGUCUCUAGUUAGGUGUCUUUAAAAGCUUGAAGCAUCAACUCAUGUACUUAAAUUAGAAAAAGCUGAAAGCUCCUUAGUGUUAAGUGAUAAAAUAGUCAAGCCUUAUCCGCACCAUAAGAACGUUAUAAUGCGUGAGAAAAAAACCAAUGGAGAUUAUGUUGAAUUGAGUUAUGCCCUAAUGGCUAAUAAGAAUAAAUUAAUUCCAAAUAGAAAAAAAACAAGUUUUAAAAAAUUACAAGAGAAGAAUAAAAAUACUCUAAUAUUUGAGCACGUAGUCCACCAUUUCGUGCCGUUGAGUAUAUACCAAAGAUUUUAUUCAGAUUUUUCUUAAAAUAAAAUAAAAUCUUGUACAAUAAGAUUGUGGAUAAAUCACGAUCUCAUAUCGAUCCGAUAUAAUCUUUGGUAUAAACUUCAAUCAUCGUUAAUAGUGUUAAAAAGAAAAUUUAAUUGGUAAAUAGUAUUGAUAGUAUAACAAUUAGUUGAUAAUACAUUUUAGUCAUUAUAAACUGAAAAAAAAGAAACUGCAACGAAAUCAUGCAGUAAUACAAAGCAAAACAAAAAAAAAAGAAAAAAUAUUUUAGCGUACUGUUUCCCAAUUAGCCACUAGAUGACAAACAUUCAGCCCCAGAUUGUAUUCGAGUGGCUUAUUGGUGCGACUAAAAACGCAUUAUUUAAUGUCGUGAUCAUUGUUGUGUCAUACUCGUACAUUUUUAUGUCCUCCGUAGAUAUUAGAUUCAUUUUAAAAAAAAUUCAUUGGUAGAAUAUCUCUAAAUCAUGUGCUGCUCUUUAUGUGCUUUGAUUUUGUGCAGAACUCAAAGUACAAAUUGCAGCACUAUAAAAUCGAAGUAUGGACAAAGCCACGACACAUCUCGUGUAUUUGUUACAUGAGCUUAGAAAUUAACAAUAUACGAGAUGAAGAUCGAAGUACAAGGAGAAUUAAUUUAUUAUAAAAACAUAUAGUUAUCAAUGACGCUACUUUUAUGAAAGCAGUGUCAUACUUUCGAUCAUUAACGCGAAAUAAUGAUCGUUCGCAUGUAAAUGUAGCUGAUCGUAUCUUUUUACAGCUUUUGCUUGCAUAGCAAUAAUUACUGACCAGUGAAUAUACAUAGUAUCCUAUCGAUGUAUUGACCGAUGAAUCGAUAAUGUUCUCCGUGUUAAGUUUUAAGUGCCAUAUCCUUGUCUAUAGCAAUUGAUUUUGUAAAAACUAAAUUCAUUAUUUAUUUAUUGAUACAUCAUAGAAUUUAAUUGUUUAAUAUUAAAUGUGUAUCGAGUUCAAAAAAAUUCGAUAAUUUUUGUUAUUGUUUAAAAAAAGUAUGUUUAAUAUAAUCUCAAAAAGACUGUCCAAUUGACAAGGAUCGGCAUUUGAUUCAUCUGCAUUCGUGCACUUAUUGUAAAUCUAGUCAGAAUGAGAAUUUGAGUAAAGGAUUCUGGCUCUAUAUAUCGAGCUACGAAAGAGGUUAUGUUUAAAUUAAAGAGAGACGAGUUAGUCCGGCCUACGCUUAAAAAAAAGACGGUUUCGUGCGUUAUUCAAACAGGAAAUUAUUGCUAUAUCAUGUACCUAUCGUCUAGAGUUACCGCGUAACAAUUAUCCGUAAAUUUAAAAAAAGAAAACAAAAAAAAAAAAGAAUACUUUAUCGUCACUAGGCGUAGUAAGACAAGUUUCUUUUUAGUCUUAUAUCUGGUGCAUCAAAAAUUUUUAUGCACAAUGUAUCGAUAAUCAUAUCGCGAUAUAUUUUCUUUUGAUUUAUACACAUAUCUUGUUUUUGUCACAAAAAUUAAUUCUCGAUGGUCGUUGAAAAUGGCGUGAAUCAGAGAGAAAUGUAACGAUUGCCGUCCUAAACACAUCGAUAUGUCGAACGAGGUUAAUCGAUUGUCCAAAGGUUUCUUUCAAUUUUGCGAUUGUAUAGAAAAGAAGCCAUUGGUGGUUAAUAUAUUAAUUCGGUUAAAAAUGUUGCGAACUUGGAUCCGUCGAAAUUAAAUGAAAAAUAAUAUUCAUUGAAAGAUUUAUCGAAUAAUUAAAGUUUAAACCUCAUUGUGAAAGAAAAGAAUAUAUUCGAAAGAAAAAAAUUAUAAGAAUGUAAUGUUUACAUUAUAUACAUUGUUAUUGUUAUCACGAUCAUCGAGUUGACAAAAAUGAGGUAAAUUUUUUUUAUUUUUAAGUUAUAUAUUGUAUAUUUUUUUUUUUAAAGAGAUAAGUUUCAUUUAUUAUAAUGUUAAUUGUUUCACAGUAUUUAUGUUUUAAUUUCGUACAAGUAUUCUUGAAGCAUCAUAUGCGGCCAAGCCACAUUAUUAGCUAAAUGUUAAGAUUGCUAGUUAAUUAACAAAAAUAUAUAGCAUAUAUAUUUUUUUAGUUUCUCAUUAAACAUUAAUAUUUUACAGAUUUUUUUAUCGAAACUUUUUCGUUCUUACAUUUUAAUUGUACAUUUUUAUAUUUAUAGCGAUUGAAUUUAAACAAGUUUUUUCUAUUUAUUUUCUAUACUUUAUAUAUUUCUGAUUUUUUAUGUUUCUUCAUAAAUUUUUCUAAUGAUUAUAUUUUACAAAAUUUAUUUUAUAUCAUGUAACAAAUCAUUUAUAUUUUUGUCACAACAAAAAAAAAGAGUAUUUUUAUGUGCGUGAAAAUUAUAUUAUGUAUUUAACGGAUAUAUAAUUAUUAAGAUUAAUUUCUGUUGAGUAUCAAUUUUUUUAAUUCUUGAAGAGAACUAUCGUCAUCGAUCUAUUGUCAUUUCCGUGACGUGUAAGCAAUGUAAUAUUUAAAAAUUAAUUUAAUAAAAAAAGAAAGAAAAAUAAAGCAAGCAAAAAAUCAGAUUAUAUAAAGAUUAUAUAAAAAGAACAAAAAAAAAAGGAAUGAAGUGAAAAAUACAAAUAAAUAUAUAUUUAGUAAAAACAAAAAAAAUAUUGUAGCAUGUUAGAAAUAAAUCUAUGGCAGACGAUAGUACUCUUAUCAAGCGUUAAUCCUCUAAGCCUAUAAACAAUUUUCGUCGUGAGAUUUUUGUAAUCGCUAGUCAAUCGUGUUAAAUGGAUAGCAAGGAGUAUUCUAAGCAAAAAGAGAAAAAAUUAUGCGUCAUCGAUGAAAUAUUUUACUCGUUUCCUUUUUAACGGAUCCGUUCGUUUUAACGAAUUCCUGUUUGUACGGAUGCGUGACGUGUUCGUUAAAAAAAAACGAGGAAAGAUGUUAGUUUAUCGGUGGAUACGCGAGAUUAUAGCCAACAGGAGGUGAAACCGCGUAUUUUUUUGACGUGUCAAGUUAAUGUACGUAAAUAGCAAAUGAAGUGGUAUAUAAAGUUAUAAAUAUAUAAAUAUAUAUAUAUUAUAUAUUACAUAAAUUAAGAUGAUAAAAGAAAAUUAAAAUAUUGUUGCAAUAUAGUGCUCUAAGUAGAGUCACACGUGACUAUCGAUCGUGGUACCUUUCCUUUCUAGAAUAUAAUUUAUAAAAAUUAUAUAUGUAUGUAUACAUAUAUAUAUAUAUGAAAGAUAGAAAUGUAAUAUAUUUAUAAAUAUAUAUACAUAUUAUAUAUAAAUAUGAAAUGUCAUAUUAGGAGUACGUUAUAUCAUUUAUGUUUUUUUCAGACCUAUGUUAAAAUCCGUCAUUUUUCUUUCCGUUUCAACGAUCUUGGUUUGCUUUUCCGUUCACGGGAAUGCAGAAUGAUACUGCAAUAAUGAUCUUCCGAUAAUCGAGGAAGAAAAAUGAAAAAAAAAAAAAAAAUAUAUAUAUAAAAAGAAAACGAAAGAAAACAAAAGGGACCAAUGUCGCUGAAAACGAAUGAAUAUCGUGGAUUUUAUCCUGGGUCUGAAAGAUAUCGGGAAUUGUACAAAAAAUUACAAAAUGAAUAAAAAAAGAAAUGGAAAUUCUAGAAAGACAGAUGAUACUAUGGUCCUCUUACCCAAUAAUUUGUCAACUAAUAAUAUUAGUGAAUUGAUAAGUGACAAGCUGUAAGUUUCUGUUUGUACAAAACAAUUUUUAUAAUAUUAUGUGGAAUAUGUAUAAUACAUUUAUCAGGACAAUCAGCUGGUAAUUUAUAAAAUUCACUUGUAGAAUUGGUUUCUUUUUUACCAAACUUGUUACAAUGUAAUAUACAAUAAUUACUGUUAUUAGAACUGUUAACUUGUAACUUUAAAAUUUCACUAAUUGCAUUAGUUCAUUUGCGUAAGAGGGCCCGAAAUCAUAAAUUCUAUAAUAUCAUAACUAAAUAUUGCCUGUUCACAGUGUUGUAAAGAUAUUCUAAAGGAAAUGAUAACAAGAUGCUUCGAGAAAGCCUUUUGAAAAACUCGCGAUCAAUCACCGGCUCCUUCUUCGUGUGUGUUAAGCAAUUAUCAUAUCCGAUAUAACUUUGUAAUAAUAAUAAUAUUAUUAAUAAUAGAAUUGUAAAAUCGUGCGAACAUAAUUUAGGUAUAUAUGCAGGAUAAAAAUUGCGUUGGAGAUCUGAGAGAAAAAAAGUUCUCUGAUUGUAUUAAAGAGAGACAACCAGUUUUACAGCUGGUGCGUAUAAUUUGAGUAAAUCAUCGACAAUUAUAACGCUUCGAUCGAAUUCUAACGCUUCAACAAAAUUUUAAUUUAUUAUUAUUAUUAUUAUAUCAUUAUUCGUAUGUGUACAUGUAAGCAUGAAGAUCAUACGCAUUGAUAAAUGGAAUAUUUUUGAAAUAUUCAUUCAAAUAUAUAUGUAUUUCAGUUUACACGAAGAGAAGAAUGAAAAAAAAAAAAAAAAAGAAUAUUGGACAUUGUGAAAGCCUGUUUUUAAAUGAACUCGUUAAACUCACACAAGCACAAGAAAGUCCGCUUUCACAAAUGAACGAGAAGUCAGCCGAGGGCUGGAAAUUAAUUUUCCACCUGUUUUAUUAAAAUCGUAAACGCAUAAUCGAGAGAGUUUUAUCUUCCGCUGAAAGUAGCCGUCCGUAUGAUUGAAAAGCAAAAACAAGAAAAAAAUAUUAAAACAAGAAAGAAACGAGAUAAAUGACAGGAUCGAGAAUUUCGAUGCGCGAAGAAGUAGCGAUCAUGUAUUAUAUUUAUUGUAUUUAAAAAUGUAUCUUUGAAUUUUCAUAGCGUGCAUACUUAUAUAUAGCAUGUGUGUGUAUAUAUAUAUAUAUAUAUAUAUAUAUAUACACACAUACUAUAUGUUACCGUAUCAUUAUCGUUAUCGAUUGUAAAAUUUACGAAAGCUCUCUACGUGUGUCCUUUCGUUGCCUGAAUCGCUUCCUUUUCACAAGAUUUUCUCUUUCUCUCUCUUCCUUUACCUAUUUAUAUUUAUGAUCAGAAUUUUUUUUCAAUUUUUUCUUUCUCUUUAAUAUCUCAUGUUUUUUCGAAAUAUAUUGUUUGUAUGCGCGUAUAUAUAAACGUAAUGGUACACAUGCGCACACGACAUGAUAAAAUGUAUUGUAUAUGUGCAUAGUGAUGUAUCACACGAUUGCAACAAUAGUGUGCGAGAAGAAGCGGUUUUAAAGCGCCUAUCUAUCAUGUAUAAUUUUUCAAAAAAAUAAUUUUUUUGUUUAAUAGUAAACUUUUAUAAAAAUAGAAUUAUUUGAAUUAAUAGUAAAUAGAGAAUAUAUAUAUAUAUAUAUAUUGUUUUAAGGAAUAAAAAAAAAUAUAAAUGAAAGAAGACACCGUUUCUUUUCGUACAAUGUUCAUGCUUUCAUGAAUGUAUACCUCACUGAAAAUGAAAGAGUGAAAUAUUUCUCCCUUCGUAAUUCAAAUUGAACUUUGUAUUUUUUAUUUUAAUAUCAAAGACAUGCGCACAAGUGCAGAAAAUAAAAAAAAUGGUAGACCAACGUCCAGUACGAUACACACAAGCUGUUUGAAUGUACAAUUAGGGAACAAACAUUUAUUUUUUUAUAUGCACCCCAACUGGUCGUUUGUCGGACGUUUUACGCGUGUUAAUUGAGAGGAUCGAUUACCUCGUAUAGGCUAAAAACAUUAUUUCGUGUGUUAUAUUUCUCGCACAAAAAAUUAUAUAUCAGUUAUUAUCUGUAAAUUUUUCUUGUUAGAGUCUAUAGAAUCCGGAAUAUACGUAUUGCAAAUUUUAAAGUUACGUUUUACAGUAAUGUUAUUAAGAAUAGAAAGUCUAAUUAAAACGUUGCAAUUGACACUUUCUGAAAUAAUAACAUGUUAUUCUUGUUACAAUCGAUAUUAUAAACAUUCAAGCAUUCUACAUUUAUCACGAUGAAAAGAUAUAUUGAUUUUUACGAUAAAAGAAAUAUUGUUUUUUAAAAAUGAAAUCGUUUAAAAUUAAAUUUUAAUUAUCAAUAUCAAUGUUUCAAAAUUGCCAAAAAUUGUUACGUUGAUUAGAAGCAAUUUGAUGAAUCUAAUCAAAUAUACGAGCAUGAAGAAAUAAGUUAUAUAAUUCACGAAACGAUAAUGACUCGUCGAGGAUCGAAGUUCUACACGUCCAGUCGUAGUUUCUUUCUAAUGAGAUUUAUUGCGUUGUUGAUCAUGCUAAUUCUAUAUCCGAUUUAAGCCUAUUUCCAUGUUGAAGAUACACCAAUGAUUGUUGCCGAACUGAGAAGUCUGAAGUCUAAUUUAUAAAUGUGAUAGAGAAGCAUACGAGUAGGGAAUUCAUUAAAUAGGCUUUGAAAACGGUUACAUUUAAUUCAAUUAUUGGUUAAAUUUAUUCAGAAUUAUAUAUUAUCUUUAUAAAAUUGAAAUUGUAUAUAAUUUAUAAGUUUUUUUAUUAAUUAUUUUUGAUAAAUAAUUUUUUAUGUUAAUAAUUCUUUGUAAUUGUAAGUCUAUUGUAGUUGUAUUUGAUAAUUGUUUCGUGUUUAUAUCUUUAUUAAUAUAUUUAUUAAAUUGUUUGUUACUCUACUCAUUAAUGCGAACAAUAGAGAAGAAUCAAAUGGCGGAGUCAGAAACUGCUUGGCAAGUUAGAUGUACACAUCCGGUUGUUUAAAAGAUUGUAAAAAAGAACUUCCCUGCUCGUACGCAGAAAGAGCUAUGUUAGUGAACGUUAUAAAUGAAUAUUAUUUAUUUCUCGAUUAUAUUUAUAUAUAUCGUUAAUAGUAGUGAGUUUUAAUAGUGAUUUACGGAAGUGUUAUUAUCUGGUGCUGAAUAUUAAUAUAUUUGUCGAUGUUUUGAUAGUUUGAAUCGAGAUAUUGUUAAGAAAUUAGAAAUCGAAAUAGAAGAAAAUAGAAAUUUAUAUUAAUUAACGAAUAGUUAUUAGAAUAUAAUUUUACUUAACUCGGUAAUAUAUCGAUUUCAAUAUAAGCUACUUGUUACUUGUUGCUUGGGGAGUGGUGAUUUCAUGUGCAAAAAUUACUACUGCUGAUUAGCGUAUCAAGUUAGCUUGAUUUCGAUUGUAUUACUGUAAUAACUAUUUAAUUUAUAUAAUCGAUUGUCUUAUCGAUGUUAUCAUUAAUAUUAUUAUAUACAUAUAAUCAUUAAAUUUAUUCCUAUAAAAAAAGAUUAAUAUACUCGUUAGUAUAAAAUUUUUCUUGUAUAUCGAUUAAUUUCUUCGAUCAAUUCUCAAUUCGACCUAGAAAUUCAUCGAGCGUUAUACUCCGUAGCUAUGAUUCGUUAUGUACGUAUUAUAAAUUUAAACGAUUGUGAAUGUAUUUUACUUACGUUUGCACGAGUGCUACUUCCCUCGAUUUUUUGAUUUUUAUUUUGUUAUUGAAGCAUUCCCAGAUGAAUCUCGCAAGCACUUUUUUGUAGAGAACACAUUUACUGACCGGCAUUUAAAUAAUCGUGUAUUCCGAUAUAUUAAAAUAUUUCAACGGGAUACUGAGGGAUGUUAAAAUAGAUAUACCAUAAAUAAUAUUACACACACAAGAUGCAUGCAAAGAACUGAACGCAACCAAGUGUGUGUCAUUAAAAUUAAUUAAGUUGUUAAUUUCGUGCAAAUGAAAUCAGAAAUACAUUACCAGUCCCGUUGACAAAGAUCUACUCGUUCUCAAAAAUGAGACGAGAGUAUAACGAGAGCAAUGUUGUAUGAAAAACGCUUUCGAUGUUUUGUGACAAACAGUGAGUCCUAUACGAGGCUAUAUAGUAUGAUAAGCAAAAACCCUUUGCACUCGAUGUUUCUUUCAAUGUAUGUUACGUAAUCAAAUCGAAUUAUUGAAAUAUAAAAAAUAAUUUUGAAACGAUCGAUCGAAUGUUUAUUUUUUAAUGAUUUUAAAACGAUUAGUUAAAGUAAUAAACAGAAAAAAUAAAUUACGUUCAGUAAUAAUUAUUUGAUUUUUUAUGAGUUUUUUACAUUUUUUUAUAUAUUAAUAAAAAACGUGCCAAUAAUAAAAAAAUUGCGCAAGUUCUAAUGAUGUAUACGUUCGACAUUACUCGAACAAUGCGAUUAUUCUCGAGGUCGAUGUCAACCUGCUACUAUUCCAGUAAAAUCGAUUAUCGCAAAGUCGAUUAUCGUGACUAGUCGAACACUGGCUUUCGAUCUUUGACAAUGAUUGAAAAUAUUUUUGCCUCGAUCAAUAUUUCCAAAAAUACUGAUCUAAGACUAGGUUUAUAAUAAAAAUGACACAGAAUUAUCAAAAUUAUGUCAUUUAUUAUUAUUUUUUAAUACUUUUUUUAACAAACUAACACAGUAAUAACGAGUAAAAGAUGUGAUCAAUUUAUCAAUCGAUAAAUCUUCCUUCUUAUAUUUUUCUAACCUACUAAUUGAUAUUUCAAGGUCAAUUAAUCAUUUCAUAUUUUAUUACGUAAUAUAUUAGAAAAAUUUUUUGUGAUCGAGUACAAAGGAUUAACUAUGUAAAAAAAAAAAAAGAAAUAUUUAUUUUCGUUUUUCAUUAUAAAGUAAUUUUAAUUAUUGCAGCACCUGUUUGAUAUUGUGAGCACAUAAUGAAAUGUAUUCGAAUAAUUUAUGAAAAAUAUAUUUUAAAUUCAUUGUUAAGCUAUGCAAGAAAGAAUUUUUGUUUUGACAUGAAGAAAGUAUUUUUAAAAUACAAUUGGGAGAACCAGGGAAAUGAAUGCAAUUAAAAAAUUUCGUAUAUAACACUGUUGUGUGCACGUGUUGAAUAUUAGUUUGAAAGAGUGAAUGAACGAUUUAUGAAACAAAAGUGACAAAAAUGGAAAAAUAAGAAUUGUAAAUCCUGUUGAUCAUCGUAUCUGUGUAUUUUUUAACGUUAGCAUUGAAACGCCUAUAUUCCUAUGGAAUCGAUGAUUCAUGCUAUAAUUUUAAUGACAAAAAUGGAUUAAAAUAAAACGUUAAAAAAUUAAAAAAAAUUUUUAGAGACUUUCGUUUAAUUAAAAAAUAAUUGAAAUCAAAUUAUAUAUUUUAUAAUAUAGUAAUAACUUCAUUUUUGUCAUUAAUUUAGUCUAUAAAAUGGACAUUGCAUUUUAUUUAUGUAAGAAAAAUUUAUUUCUGAAAGUGUAUUUUCAUUCAUUUAUCCAGCAUUUUUGUUACAGGUGCCAAAGAAACAUUAUAAAAAAAAAACUAUUAUAAUAAUAAAAAAAAUGGUAAUAAAAUAUAAUCUUACAUGCUAUAACAUUGACUUUGUCUUAGCCAAAAUGGAUCCAUUUUGAUAUCAAAUUUUUAUAAAAAACGAAAUAAUUACACCGAUAAUUUUAACAUCAUUAUUCAUUGAACAAGUCUUUGUUUUAUGUGAAACUAUUUUUAUAUGGUAUUCAUUAUACAAAACUUUGAGAAAAAGAACGCACAGAUUUUUUAUAUGCAUUUUAAAUUUUUAAAAUUUUAUUUUUAAUCUAUUGGUAAAGAUAAAGACAAUGUGAAGCGCAAAAAUUCUAAUCAACUUCAGGCCACUUUCACACGUAUCUCUAGAAAUAUAUGUUUAAAUAAUAAAAUUUUUUGAUUUUCAAUUUUUGUUAAAUUUUAUGAAUUGAUUUAUUAAAAAGAAUUAAUAUACUUCAAUAAGUAUCGUAAUAUUUUAUAAACUUAAAAACGUGGGAAAGAGACCUAAAGAAAAACGCAUUUUUAAUAAAUAAAUUGAAUAACCGAAAAUAGCACGUACAAAUAUGAGAACGCUAUCAAAUGCAACGAUUUGUUUGAUUAUAUCAUUUUUCCAGUUUUUAAUUUUUAUUUUAUUUAUUUUUAAAAAUUUAUUUUAUCAUAUAUAAAAAGAAUAUUUAUGUAUAUAUGAUUGCUUGUGUAUUUGCCUCGUUAUCUUAAUUAGAAAUCAAAAACAUCACAAUUAAUUGAAUAUAUGUAUAUCUAAUGUGUUAAAAUAUUAACAAAAUAUCUAAUCGCAAAUACAUGAGCAAUUAUGUGAACCGAAAUAAGUACUGUUACUUGUCUGAUUAUUGUAUACAAAAUAAUGAAUAAAAAAUGUAUAUAUACAUAAAAAAUGAUAGUUUUAAUCAAGUUAUACAUAUUAAUAAAAUAUAUUAAAACGUUUAAAAUUUAUUAGAUUUAAUUUUCAAUCAAUGUAAUUUAUAUUUUCAAUGCCAAUUAAAUUUGUAUAAAUGUUAUACGAUCAUAUUUAUUUUAUUUAAUAUCUGACUUUUGAUAAGUUCAUAACAAUUACGUAUUAAAUGUACUUAUGUAGCGUGUAUCAAAUAACAAUUAUAAUUGAAUAAAUAAAUUCUUGUUACUUGCAAUAUUAAA